GUGACUACAAUGAUCACGAAGCAAGGCAGCGCGAGCGGCCCGCCGCGUCCUGGGGAGUGCCCUCGGCGUUUGUUUUCAGUCUUCCCCCUGAACAGAGCCGCGUGUGUACGAUUCGGCACGUCCGUAUCGCUUCGAUCCGACGGUGCGACAUGGUGCACCACGAGUGAAAGGGCCUUCGGCAAAAGCGUCAGCCCACGACCGGUCCCCGCGCGCGGUACACGCCCUAUGAAAAAUUUCGGAGAUGCGUGCCCACCACGGCAGCGACGUAUGAGCGCUGCUGCACUCCGGACUCUUCUUCGAAUCACCUGCCUUGAAAUGAGCCAGGGUGCUGCGCCUUUGGCUGCUCAUCGCGAUGGCGGCCAUCACCAAAAGUGGUUUCCUCAUCAUCGUCUCCUUGGUUUUGUUCCUCUGCUUGUUCAUGGUGGCGCAGAACAGGCAUCCCCUCUGGCGUGUGUUUGACGCCUUCAGACUGAACGAAUGGUCUUACAGCCCUUUCUACUCGUCGAGUGGUGCCAAUGGCACGAGCCGUUUACCUCGAAUCAUGAUGUGGACAUCGUUCUACGGUUCCUGGUACGGCUUGCUGAAUAAUAAAAAGAUCGGUGAAGACUUCACUCGCAAGUGCGCCGUCAAGUGUUCAGUCACCAACGACCGGCGCUUGCUGUCGUCCAGCGACGCCAUCGUCUUCCAUGUGCGCGAUAUGGACAUGAAUGACCUUCCUACGAGGCGUUCCGAGUCCCAGAAGUGGGUCUUCUGGUCUAUGGAGCCGCCGCCGUACUCCGUUUUCGCCGGCUUCAACUACAUGCACAACAUGUUCAACUGGACCAUGUCGUACAGGCAUGACUCCGACAUUUACGAGCCUUACGGGAAGGUUGUGCCACGUAAUGCCACCACUGCUUACAAGAAAGACCACCGGUCAUUGUGGAAGUCCAAACAAAAGCAGGCUGUUUGGAUGGUCAGUCACUGCAAUACUGAUAGUAAACGGGAAGAAUAUGUCCAAGAGCUGAAGAAGCACCUUGACGUUGACGUGUACGGCUCUUGUGGUGAUCACGCCUGCCCAAGGACACGAGGUAGUGCCUGCUACAACGAUUUCGAGCGGACUUACUUUUAUAUGCUUGCUUUUGAGAAUUCCAUAUGCAACGAUUAUGCCACCGAAAAGUUUUUUUCGGCACUUAAGUAUGACAUGGUACCUGUGGUUUUUGGCGGCGCCAAUUAUAGCCAAAUUGGGCCCGCUCAGUCGUACGUUGAUGCGCUCGCCUUCAAAUCUCCCAAGCAGCUUGCCGAACAUCUUAUUGUGCUGUCGAGGAACUACACUGCGUACAGCUCUUAUUUUAAGUGGAAAAAAACUCAUCAGCUGGCAACUUGGGACGUUGACUUUUGUGCGCUUUGUUCCAAGUUGCAUAGCCGCCAGUUUCAGAGGACAUCGUUGUACACUGACAUGCGCGUGUGGUGGGAACAACAAGGCCGCUGUCGGACGUGGGUGCCGUAAGAAAGACUGUUCACUGUGACUUCUGCUUCCUGAGCUUUUGCUCUACGUGGUUGUGUUUUCAGAUUCGUACCACUGCUACUUAAUCAGGGUCAUUAUCAUACUUAUGUGUGCAGGGUGUUUUUAUUUUUUUUUCUCGGGCCCUGUACGAUCGCGAGUGUUCCUACAUGCAUGGUGCUCCGCAAAGCUGGCAACGUGUCGAGUAGGGCAACCGCGGGCACAGGUGGCUUCCUGCCGUGGCACUACAGUACCUAGGCGAUAAUGUGCCUAGGAGAUUUCAGAUGAAGCACAACAGCCCACGGAUAUACCACUGAUAGCGGCGAACACUACGCGUUCAUAUAAUUGGGACCAUAUAAUUUUGUCCAGCGCGCUAUAAUUCCAAGCCAUAGUCAGCGUGUUUGUAUUGUACGCUCAUUAUAUGCGGAAUAGGCAGUACAUCGCCAUGUCGCUCUGUGCAUGUUCAUGUGUGCACACGGCCCCAGAAACUUCCGGAACAUAAAGCCCUGAGAAAGAAAUGUUGUGAGGAUACUGUUUUGUACACGCGCUCAUUUCUCUCUAAAACUGUUGAAUGGUGAAGCUGCGAAGAAAUUUAACUUGUAGAGAAUCAUCUGGUCCGGAUACUUUUGGGAUCGUCUGUACGUACAACUUAGUCCGUCGACGUCUUUUACACAGCCGUUUGCUGCACAUCUGUUUGGUGUUGCACAAUAUGCCUUAUUGUAGAUGUUAUAUUGCCAGCCACUCAACGGCAGCUGAACGUACCUAUGAACUCUUUGUGACCACGCGAUUUGCCUUUGGAAAGCAUUUUGCAAUUUUCCGCAGUGUCUUAUCGAGUGGCUUGUUGAUCGUUGACCUGUAACUGAUAUCGUUUAUUGUGGAAGCGAUAGUUGUGUGCUGAGUAGAAAUUGACGCAGCAAGUGUAUGGUCUCGCUGUAAUCAAGAACGCAAGUUGUUGUGAACGCUUAUUAUUUUUUUUAGCCGAACGUUGUAGACAGUUUUUGUGGAUGCGUAAUGCUAACGGUGUAUUGCGUUGCUAGUAUACAGUUAGCGAAAUGACGAUGUCUGCUUGUGAUAUACAAGAUAUAAAAGAAAAAAGGAGGAGGGGGUAAAAAAUACAGAGCGAUGCUGUUACUUUCGUCCAUACUUGCUGGUUGAAAAGGGACCUCGAAUCUACAGAAUGAUUUGGAUGUCCUGAAUGUCCACUCCGCCAGAAUUUCUACCGCAAGACAAUUUAUCGAAAUCUUUCGAUUACGAGCAGCGUCAUUGCAGAAUAAAAUAUUUCCUCAUCUGCUCUA